GGCAGGAAAAAAUGGCGUCAAAGCAAGCGCGAUCCUCGGCGGUGUAGCAGAGCGCUAUCUCGCACGGUGCUGCAAAUUCGCGAAAAUUAGCCAGCUUCCAGUGGUUCCGGAGUGCGUAAAGGUACUCCAAAGUGUAGCUCGUGAAGUGUAGAAUGAAAAUCGAUAUAAGGAUAGCUUAGGCUUUUUAUUUAUCGUUGUAACCCGAGACAACCGCAAACCGUCGCAGCAGUGCAGCUGCUGCAGCGGCAGACAACCGCACCGAGGAGCAUAAAAACAAACGAAUAUUUGGACCUGGUCACGCACGCCUUCAUGACAUGGUUUCACUAGAGGUCGACUACUGCAAGCAAACAAAAAAAGUAGUGCAAGCGAUUAAUUUUAAACUUGUGGUGCGAAAAGUCGCAGAAACGAACCGCCAUCAUGGAGGAACUGCUGACGACCAUUGUGAAGGAGGCGACCGGCAGUAAGCAGCAAAAUCUGAAACAAGCCGCACAAAUUGCACACGACAAACUUCUUCGCCAGCAUGGUAUCCAUAGGGAUCCAUCGUACGAGCUGCGGACGGUCUGUUUCACCGCCCUCCAAAUGGCACUCGAGACCAAGCGGCCAAAGUUCGUUACCUAUGGUUUGAAUGGUUUACACCGCAUCAUCCGUGAUGAGCGAUUCUUCUUCGGUCUGGAACCGGAGGAUGACUCCCUAUGGUUGCCGGCCCAACUGCUGCGAGCGACAUCGGGAAUCUCAACCAUCGGAAACGAAGACACCGUAGUGAACGUCUUACGAUUGUUCCUCUCGAUGGCUUGCUCUCCGACCUGCACACUAAACGGCAGGCUUCUGAUCGAAGUUCUCUCCAAAUGCGGCGAAUGCUGGGAGAACGGAUCGCGUGCCGUCAAGGCAGCAUCCUUGGCAGCGGGCAGCCAAUGCCUGCGGGCAUUCUGCACCUUCCUCAAAGAGGAAGCGGAGGAUAUCUUGCGCACAGGUCCGGCGGGGAUCAUCAACGUGGGGAUGGCAGCUGCCGUGUACAACGAGGUUAUCCCCGUCAUGCAGUGGCUCUGCAGUCGGUUGAUCGAGCCCGGAACCGGAAGCCCGAAACGCACCGACUGCGCCGGGUCUCUCUAUUUGAUGGAAUGUAUCCUAACUCUGGUGACAUCCCUCCCGCCAGAUGUUCACGCAAAUCCACACUUUACGGCAUUUCUCUGGCAGAAAUUUUGUCCCACACUGGCGGCCACCCUCGGCUCUCCGGGAAGGGUUAAUAUGGAUAAGAAAUUCACGUACAAGGACGCCAUCCACUUGAUCGAGAGCGAACAUCGAGGGUUCUUCACUCGUCCCGGACUGGAUGGUCCACAGGCACGCUGCAUCUACCUGACCAGUAUCCAGCUGCUACGCAUCGCUGGAGCCCAGGGUACGCUGCGACCAAUGCUGGAGGCAUUGUUCCACCGAAUGCUGCUCCUGCCAGCACCGGCUAACCGUGCCGAACCGCUGCGCUGUGUUCGGGAGAUCCUCAAGAGUCCGGAACGGCUGAUCGAUCUCUCUGUGAUUCUGUACCCGGAUAAAACCCAGGGCCAGAGCUGUAGCGAUGAUAUGGCCCUGUUCCGACUUAUAAUCGACGCUAUGGAAGAAUGCGCUACAAGUUCCCAAAACGGGAACAGUGCCGCAGACAACUCGAUCAACUCGAGCGUAGAAUGCGUCGUGGCCCUUCUGGACAGCCUUCAGACCCUUUGCUCGGGAAAUUUCGACGAAUCAAUCGUCAGUGAUCGCAUCGCCGAUGCGAUCAACAAUCGCUACUAUCACUUACGCGAGGCCGACUACACCGGUCCCCUGACGUACCAAUCGAUGGCCCGACUUCCCGCCCCCUACCGGGAUGCCGUAGCCGAGCUACGCCAGAAUGGCUUCGAAACCUCAUCCGAAUCGGAGCUCGAUGCCGAUCAUCAGAUCGAUCCCGAGGCGGGAUCACUUGGUUCGGGCGACACCGAAGGUCCGGAGGAUGAGGCGCACUCUUCGAGCGAUGACAUCUCCUCCCGUGCGGAAGGUAACUGGCCGUGGGCCCACCUGGAGGAACCUCCCCACGUCCGUUCGGACGUGGACUGCGAUCGGCAUCAUGCGAGGGAGUUCGCCAAAGUCCUAUCCGGUGAUCUGGUGUCCAAUCUGUUGAAGCUGAAAGCUUCAGUCGAGGUCGACGAGGCAAUCCAAGAGUUCGCGUCCAACAUCUGCCAGCAGAACAGUUUGAACUACUCCGAUUACGAUUACAACCUGACGGCGUUGAACGCGGACGGGAUCUACCUGGCGACAUAUUCCGCUUUCCUGCUCGCACUGCAACUAAUGAAAGCUGGUCACUACGACGAAAGCCACGACCCAAUACUGAUCCCACUGUCCGAGCAACAGUUCGUGACCUCCGUUCAAAACGCGGGAGUUCUGGUGUACCUCAGCUCGGCCUGGCUUCGUGAGCUGUACCAAUGCAUCCUGGCCAACAACCCGCUGGCCGCUUUGAAGAGUGUCGAAGCAACCGAUGGCUCGCAUUGCGCACUGGUAGACAUGCUGUACGAUGCCGGUGGCAUCGGUCCAACCCAAAUGCUCUCGGACUGGCAGCGACUCCAGUCGGUGGUUAGAGUACAAAACGAACCGAACGCGAAACUACUCGCCGCCAAGAAACUAGCUCGUCGUCUACUCACCUGCUGCUGGGACUCAAUGGUGACGGUACUGACCGCCGGAUUGGGUGAGGUCGAUGAUUCACGCACCGCUCGGCUGAUGAAGCUCUCGAAGAAAACUCUUCGAGUCAAACGGAAGGCUCGUUCCUCCGGUGAGGCGCUGUACGCGCUGAGCCUGGAAGGACUACACGCGGCCGCUACGUUGAGCAACUCGCUCAAUCUACAACACCUGGCCGGGAAGAUACUGAAUUUGAUAGCGACUAAUGUUUGCCAAAAUUCCGUCCCCAAGAUACCGGCCAGUCAGGCUCUGUCGAUGGAUGUGGUACUGUCGGGUGGACUCGAGCUGGGAUCACAUUCGGCCGACUGUUGGCUGCCGGUGUUCUCCGUCUGUCGGCACGUCACGCAGUUGGAGCACGAUUUGUUCAGCUCGCAGAAUGCGGCGAUGAGCAACGCGUCAAGCGUUGCGACAAGCAGCGGAAAGGAGGGUGGCGACUCGCCUAGCAAGAUGAGUCACCAGCCGGAUAAGCUGAAUCUGUCCUCGUAUCCGAUCGAUGAGGAUGAGACGUGCGUUGACGUGUACAGCUUCCUGCAGGCUCCCCUCCCGAACGCGAACACAAACGUGGCAACCAUCCUGAAGGCGUACUCGGGCAACGAUGCAGUGAACCUGUCCCAGGCGGACACCGCCAAGAUGCUGUGUGCGCUGUCGCACCAAGCGGACACCCUCUUUUCGGAUGCUGCCGAGCGACUUAGCCUACCGGCUUUGCUCCAGUUUCUGAAGAGUCUCUGCCGGGCGUCACGUGAACAACUUUACCGCAAUUCGUCCUCCAAGAAGGGCAAGAAAUCCUGGUGGCUAGGACGACCCUGGAAGGUGAAGAACGAUUCGCUACCACUGUUGCUGCUACUGCACCGAGCCGGGGACGUUACACUGAAGGUAUUCCGUGGACCAAGACCGUUGCUGCACAUUCUGAAGGUUUGGGCCAUCACCGGACCGCACUUGAUGGAUGCUGCCUGCCACAAAGAUCGAGCCAUCUCGAAGCGGGCCAUCGAGUACAUUCACGACAUCAUAACGGCCCUACUGGUGGAGCAAUCCGAGUUGCCCCACUUUCAUUUCAAUGAGGCGCUGCUGAAGCCUUUCGAGAAUCUGCUGAGCAUGGAUUCGUGCGAUGUGGACGUGCAGGACCAGAUUGUCGGGUGUUUGUACGAGAUUGUGGAAGCGCACCGAACGGAGAUACGAUCCGGUUGGAGGCCUCUGUUCGGCACGCUUCGGACAGCCCGAAAUCGGCCGGUGCAUCUGUCGAACAUCAUCGACAUCUUUCACGUGUUUCUCGAGACGGACAACACGCUGGUGUUUGCGAACGCCGGGCUCGAUUGUAUUCUUUGCUUGCUUUCGUAUCUUGAGAUCUCUGGGAGUGGUGGGAGUGCCGCGGGUGCCACCGGUGGCACCGAUGGCUGCUCGAAUGACGACAAUAAUAUUAGGUCCAGUGAUUUUUUAUAUGAUGCUUUGAAGUUCCUCGAGCGCUGCUCAUCGAUUCUUAGCUUUAUGUACAACAUGCCGCAGUGUCCGAAUCUGCAUUCCACCUAUAAGAUCAAAGGGAUCACCUACACGCAUAUUAUCGACGCGAACAUUCCGAACUCGAUGGAGAACUUCACCUAUUUCGGGCAGGACUAUCUGCAGAGUAGCAACGAGCAGUACAUGAUCAGCUACCGCUCGCUGCACAUCGACAAGGAAACGAUCACGAAGAUCGACGAGUUGGACAAACCGAGCGGGGUGCUGAAGGUGUGGUUCCUGCUGCUGGAUGGGCUCACGAACUCGCUGAUCGUGUGUCCGGUGGCGCACCAAUCGCCGAUACUGCAGUCGAUCUUCAAACUGUUUAAAUCGCUGCUGGUGAACCCGGGCAUCGAGUUCGGGUUCUACUGCAUCAACCAUCUGCUGAUCCCGAUGAUCCAGGACUGGUUGCGGUAUGUGAACAAGGCCCAGAAGAACUGGAGCCUGAUCGAGAAGAACUUCAAGCAUUGCUGCUGCAUGACCACCGAUCUGGUGGUGGAGUUUAUCGAGAAGUCACAGUGCACCGUUGGCGGGGGGUUGGAGGAGCGGGUUGUGAUUGGGAGCGAGCAGAGCUACCAUCAUCAACAGCAGCAGCAGCAGCAGCAGCAGCAGCAAGGGGGCGUUAAGAAGAGCAAGCUGACGACGAUCAUUCGACCGGUGGACAAUAUGAAGUAUGGCAAGCUGAGAAAGAUGGUUCCGGCGGAGGAACUGAAGCAGCAGCAGCAGUUUGGGAGCUAUUAUCGCAAGAAGGACGAGGAGGAGGUUUCGAAUGCGACCAAGAUUCCGACGGCGGCCAUCUUGGCCCUGAAGCAACUGCUGCUGGUGCUGAUCGAGUGUUCGGCUCAGUCGCAGGAGACGAUCGCUCGGGUGGGAGUCAGCUGUAUGAAGCAUAUUAUCUUCUCCACUGGGCAUGUUUUCAACGAGGAUCAGUGGAUGGUGAUCACUUCGGCGAUCCAUCGGGCCAGCACGGUUACGAUGGCCCCGCUGAGGCAGUUGAUCUUCGCGUUCAAUGAGAACUCAAACAGUUUCUACGGGGACUGUGCGAACGUGAAGGUGGCGGCGAGACGCGACAGCACGCUGGAUGAGCUGCAGAGGGUGCACUCGCUGGCGCAGCAGGUUUUCCUGAUGGACAAUCAACGGGAUUUGUUGGGUUCAAAGCUGGUCGGAGGAGUGAAUGGGGUUAACGGGGCCGGGAGCAGUACGGACGAUCGGUCCUAUUCGUUUUUGCUGUAUCCGUUGAAUUGUAAUACGAACAUGACGCAGUCGUGCUCGGUAAAUGGGGGUGGGAUCAGCGCGUCACUGCAAAGCAAUGGGCUUAACUUGGACAGUUACAUUAUAAGGAUUCCUUACAGGAAUCUGAUUGUGGGGUUGCUCGCUAGCCAGAUGCUGCUCCAGUUGAUCGCUAAUAUUUUGUUGAAUGGCCUGACGAAUGUUCCGCACGAGUUGAACUCGUGUAUUUACAAUGGGGGCGAGAGUAACGGUGGCACGAGCAAGGCGUUGUUCCAGCUGGGUUAUCGAAGCAAGGAGGUUCUGCUGAGGACACUUAGGCAAUUCUUGAUUUGCUCAAUGGACUUCGAUAUGCGACCUGGGUUGAAGUUCCUAAUUCAGAAGGUGUCGAACAUUGAGAACGCGGCGAAUCUGUACAAGCAGAUGACCUCGUCCUGGAUCAUCAACUUCAUGACGCUGGUGGACGUCUAUAUCAACAAUAUUCGGGCGUACAAUUUGAACGAAGACGACAUCAAGUAUAUUUUGGACUCGUGCAGCCAUAUGACGGCCGCCAGUCAGCAAUGGAAGAAGAACGAAAACUUUGUGCACUAUUUACUGGCGCUGCGAGACUUGUGGGAUCUAAUAGCGGAGCAUUUUGUCGAUAACUUGGCGGAUAACGUGGGAGAUGGGUCAACAAUUACGCACAUUGUUGAGAAUAAGUUGGAGAAAUACGAGCGAUUCGAUGGGAAGAUGGACGGAUCGAGCGGAGAGGAGGAUCAGGUGAGUACUCCGGAUGGCAUGGUGAGUAGUGGUGAUUCGCCGUGUGAAAACGACAAUCAGGAGGUAGGUUUAGAGUCUCCAUCGAAGAGCGACGAGGAGAGUGUUUCCGUGUCAACGAUCGUUGGCAAUGGCCGACUGAAUCCCUUCAAUAUCGCAACCAGCCAGCAGCAGCAUCUGCAACACCAGCAACAGCUACAGCAUCAGCAGCAGCAGCAGCAGUCGAUCUCGCCGGAGAUCGAACAACAGCGCACUAACAGCAUCUACAAAGAUGCGAUCAGCAAGCGAUCUGCUUUGAAGCAAUUGAUAGUAGCGUCUAUGGAACUGCUGAAGCUCCUUCCCGAAGAUCAGGCAGAACUUCUGAAACUUCUGUUGACGCCCAAAAUAAGGGAAGCAUUCCGUGCGAUCCAGGAACAGGGAACCGGCGGCUUAGCGGCCGAAUAGGACCGGCUGCAGCCGGUUUGCGCCUGCAGCGCAGGCCUCUUUUACGUAAUCAACCCCCCUCCCACACACACUAACGCAUAUGCAAAUUUACAUUUCGAUGGAAGACAGAUAUAAUCGACUAGACUGAAAUCGUUUAACAAAAAUAUAUAUCGCAAAUUUACAAACUAUGCAAAAAGUCCUGAAUUGAAGUUGAAUGGCAGAUCAAUAAAAAAAAUAUUUUGAUGAUAUAUAGCUUUACAUGAUUUAUACAUUCAAAAAAACAUGGAACAAGAAACCAUAUAUACCUAUAUAUACAUAUGGAAGCCACCCCCUCUUCUAUUAACUGUUGAUAUACGCUAAGGAAUUAAUACUGAGACGCUAUUAUAACUAUUUAACACUCUCGAGCAACGCCCUCCACGCAGCUGUGAAUACAAAUCGUUUAACAAACACUAACGAGAAACGCUCAACGCAACAAAAGCAAACACACUCUCACACUCAUGCCACCUUAUGGCACCUCAAAAUCUAUCACAAACACAUAAGCACACAAUUCUAUCAACACACACAUACAUCAAACCCCGUGGGGAAGCUUUGGCCCUCUAUAUAAUCGACGCUUUCUCGCAUCGCUCGCACAUUUAUCGCCGAAAGAGCUUGCUUUCUUCUAUAUUGGUUAUUUACUAAACACUAAAACACUACUCUAACUUAAACACGUACUUUGCUUUGGAACUGAGUAACCGAAAUUUAACGCUUUUGUGAAACUUUAAACCGUGAUUGACUGCUACUAAUUAAAAUCAAAUUAUUAAAGAAAAACAUCGUUCGAUUCUGGCGUAUAUUAUCACGCAACAGACACACACUCACACACACACACACACAUGACAAAAAGUGUAUUAUUGUGAAUGGAAUAAGUGUACUCAAAACUUUCCGAAAUCAAGAUAGCGAAGUAUUUAAGCCAACAACCAAACAGGAAAAAAAGUAUUUAUCCCGCUUAGGUUUUAUCCCUAACAAAAAAAAAACAGACACAAACACUAUUACCAUUUGCUUGUGAGAAUCCUAUUCAUCAGUAUUUACGCUUUGGGUUCGUGUUGAGACAAUAUCCGCUGGUAUAAUCAAGAAUUGUUUCGUUCCUGAUUUCGACUCUUGAAGUGAGGUGUGCAUACGGAACCUCUCUAAAUGUUGUGUGUGUACGCGUGGAAUGGAAAUCAAAUGGCAAAUGAACAAUAACACACACACACAAACAUACACACACACACACACACAAAUUGUAAACAUUUCAGCAAAAGAAUGAAAAAUUAGAAAAUUCAAGUAUUUAUCGAAACUAAAAGUAUAAACCAAGACAAAACAAAAAACAGGCAACCGAGACAAGCAAACUGUCGUAAAACAAUAAAGGAUUGAAAAUAAAUAUUAUAUAUUUGUGCAACA